AUGGUAGAAGUUCAGCUAGACGCAGAACACGACUACCCUCAAGGCCUCUUGAUAGCCUUCAGUGCCUGUACUACUGUCCUUGUUGCAGUUCACCUUUUUGCACUCAUGAUAAGUACCUGCAUUCUUCCAAAUAUAGAGGCUGUUAGCAAUGUGCAUAAUCUCAACUCUGUGAAGGAAUCUCCUCACGAGCGUAUGCAUCGGCACAUUGAGCUUGCUUGGGCCUUUUCUACUGUCAUUGGGACUUUGCUCUUUCUUGCAGAAGUGGUGCUACUGUGUUGGGUGAAGUUUCUUCCUUUAAAGAAGAAAACUGAUAAUCCGCUUCAGAGCAACAGUUCUACCAUCACAUCAGGACAGGCAGCAGCCAUUGCAUCAACGUCUAUUAUGGUUCCCUUUGGAUUGAUUUUCAUUGUGUUUGCAGUCCACUUCUACAGGUCACUGGUGAGCCAUAAAACAGACAGGCAAUUUCAAGAAUUGAAUGAACUCGCUGAAUUUGCACGGCUCCAGGAUCAGCUGGAUCACAGAGGUGAUACCAUCUCCUCAGCUGUUACCCAUUUUGCAUAAACCUGUACUUACAGAAAAUAAACCCACUAUUCUGCUUCUGCC